AUGGAGGCGGCGGCGGGCGGGCUCUGCGACUCUGGACCGCCGCUGCUGCUGAGCGAGGGCGAGCAGCAGUGCUACUCUGAGCUCUUCGCGCGCUGCGCCGGCGCCUCAGGCGGGGGCCCGGGUCCUGGGCCCCCUGAGGCCGCCAGGGCUGCCCCUGGCGCGGCCACUGCAGCCGCUGGCCCGGUCGCCGACCUGUUCCGAGCGUCGCAGCUGCCCGCCGAGACGCUGCACCAGAUCACAGAAUUGUGUGGUGCCAAGCGGGUUGGUUAUUUUGGUCUGACACAGUUUUACGUUGCCCUGAAAUUAAUUGCUGCGGCACAGUCUGGCCUCCCUGUGCGGAUAGAGAGUAUUAAAUGUGAACUGCCGCUGCCUCGCUUUAUGAUGUCAAAGACUGAUGCUGAAAUCCGGUUUGGGAACACGGCUGAGCUGCAUGGAACUAAAGUUCAGAUUCCGUAUUUAAUCACAGAAAAAAAUACCUUCAAAAGAAUCGACGAUGAGGAUAAACAGCAGGAAACGCAGUCUCCCUCGAUGUCACCUCUUGCCUCCCCUCCUUCUUCCCCGCCUCAUUACCAGAGGGUGCCCUUGAGCCAUGGCUACAGCAAACUGCGGAGCAGCACGGAGCAGAUGCAUUCAGCUCCUUAUGAAGCUAGACAGCCCCUUGUCCUGCCUGAGGGACCCUCAUCAGGAGGCCCAGGAGCCAAACCCCCUCGGCAUCAGGCUUCCCUUAUCCGGUCCUUUUCAGUGGAGAGAGAACUGCAGGAUAACAGCACUAGUUACCCAGACGAACCCUGGAGGAUAACGGAAGAGCAGCGCGAGUACUAUGUCAACCAGUUCCGGUCCCUUCAGCCUGAUCCGAGUUCCUUCAUUUCAGGUUCUGUUGCCAAAAACUUCUUCACCAAAUCAAAACUUUCCAUUCCAGAACUCUCCUAUAUAUGGGAACUGAGUGAUGCCGACUGCGAUGGAGCCCUGACCCUGCCAGAGUUCUGUGCUGCAUUUCACCUCAUUGUGGCCCGAAAGAACGGCUACCCACUGCCUGAGGGCCUGCCUCCAACUCUGCAGCCAGAGUACCUGCAAGCAGCCUUUCCUAAGCCCAAGUGGGAGUGUGCAUUAUUUGAUUCUUAUUCUGAGUCAGUACCAGCAAACCAACAACCCCGUGACUUGAAUCGGAUGGAGAAGCUGUCUAUUAAAGACAUGGCCGACUUUCCUGUCGCUACCCAAGAUGUGACUGGUGAUGACAAACAAGCUUUGAAGAGUGCUACUGAUGAAGCCUUACCAAAGGACAUGUCUGAGGAUUCAGCCACUCCUAAGGAUUCCAACAGUCUCAAAGCAAGACCAAGAUCCAGAUCUUACUCUAGCACCUCCAUAGAAGAGGCCAUGAAAAGGGGCGAGGACCCUCCCACCCCGCCACCGCGGCCACAGAAAACCCAUUCCAGAGCCUCCUCCUUGGAUCUGAAUAAAGUCUUCCAGCCCAGUGUGCCAGCGUCAAAGUCAGGAUUGUUACCUCCACCACCUGCGCUCCCUCCAAGACCUUGUCCAUCACAGUCUGAACAAGCAUCUGAGGCUGAGGUACAUCCCCAGUUGAACAGGGCCCCCUCUCAAGCUGCAGAAAGUAGUCCAACAAAGAAGGAGAUAGCAUAUUCUCAGCCCCCAUCAAAGCCCAUCCGUAGGAAAUUCCGACCUGAAAAUCAAGCUACAGAAAAUCAAGAGCCUUCUACCACUGUAAGCGGGCCAGCUUCUGUAGCAACUGUGAAACCCCAUCCAGCAGUCCAAAAGCAGUCUUCCAAACAGAAGAAGGCUAUUCAAACUGCUAUCCGCAAAAAUAAAGAGGCAAAUGCCGUGCUGGCCCGUCUGAACAGUGAGCUCCAGCAGCAGCUCAAGGAGGUUCAUCAAGAACGGAUUGCAUUGGAAAACCAAUUGGAACAACUUCGUCCAGUCACUGUAUUGUGACCCUCCCCGCCAAGAUUCAAGUAACAGUGGGUGACUUUUUCUGCCAAGAUCUUUCCUUUGAAUGUUUC